UUUCAGGUCCUUUGAAUGGUUGUAAAAAAUAGUAAAGUUCAGAAAAGAAGAUUACAAAGUUGUGCAUGGAAUGCUGAGAGUUGGAGGUUUCAUUGACUGCUAUUCCGGUAAGCGAUUGCUUCGCUCAUUGUUUAUUGCACAGCAUCGGAAGGCUAACAUUUCGCUGCAGUCCUCAUUUGUUCAUUCAUAUCCCAAGACAAUUCCCAAGAAAUGUCUUUUCAAAACUCCAUCUUCAACGUCCUGGUCAUCACACCAGCUAACGCCAUCCUUUUGGGGACGUUUUUUUUCCUCAUCUUCAGUUCGGCAUGCAGUUAACAAUAAAGAUGGUGAUCGAGGUAAAGAAGAGUGGUCAAAAGAGCCUGAUAAUAAAAAACUAAGAAAAUUUUUCAUGGGUUUAUUAAUCGGAAGUGUAGUGGCAGCACUGAUAACAUCGGCUUUAACAAGCGUAUGGCAGACGAAAUAUGCAAAUCAAUUGACAAUACAUGACUUUCUCACCUACAUAGUACCAUCGGGGCAGAUUGAACAAAUUGUAAUAACUGGAAAUAAUGUUGCUCGUAUCAUCAUGAAGCCGAGUCCAGUGGAGAAUCUACCUUUCCGUGACUGUGGAUACAAUAUGUUCAGGCCAGGUAUAGGUUGGCAGAAAGUAUAUGUGGUGACAGCUAUGGAUACUAAAAGACUGGAAGCUGAUAUACGCGCGAUAGAAACUGCUUUGGGAAGACCACCAGAAGAAUGGGCACCAGUUGCAAUUAUCGACACUUCAAUACAAGGGUUCCUAGAUCUCCUGCUGUUGCUUUUGUUGGCGUUAAUGCUAUUCGGAGCUUCAAAGUCUCUUCCAUCAAUGAAAAGUUCCUUUCAAGAUGUGCUUGGUCUUAAAAUGAAGCUGAAUGUAAUCAAACCAAAUGACACUAACGCUCAAAAAAUAAGGUUCAAAGACGUUGCCGGUUUGCAUGAAGCUAAAGUUGAGAUUGAAGAAUUUGUGGAUUAUCUCAAACGUCCUGAAAAAUAUAUGAAACUGGGAGCUCGUCUACCAAAAGGUGCAUUGCUUACCGGUCCACCUGGAUGUGGAAAGACGUUUCUGGCAAAAGCCCUUGCUACCGAAUCUUCAGUGCCAUUUAUUUCGAUGAAUGGCACUGAAUUUGUUGAAAUGAUUGGAGGUUUGGGAGCAUCUAGGAUCAGAAAUUUGUUCAAAACGGCAAAGAAAAUGGCGCCUUGCAUCAUUUAUAUCGAUGAAAUAGAUGCAAUAGGACGCAAAAGAAGCCAGAGCGAAGCUACGGGUGGUGGAAGUCGAGAAGAGGAGCAGACCUUAAAUCAGUUGCUGGUAGAGAUGGAUGGUAUUGAUAGUGGUCGUGGUAUUGUUUUACUUGGCUCAACAAAUCGUGGCGAUAUAUUGGAUAAGGCUCUGCUACGCCCUGGUCGAUUCGAUCGACACAUCGUUAUCGACCUUCCAACCGCCUUGGAAAGGCAGGAAAUGUUCGAAUUGUAUUUGAGCAAAAUUAAGUUGGAUCAUGAACCGCAAUAUUAUUCCAAGAGGCUUGCUCAAAGAACGCCACGAUUUUCAGGAGCAGACAUCGCAAAUGUAGUAAAUGAAGCAGCGAUUCGGGCUGCAUCAUCAGAGAAGGGUCUGGUGACAGUGGAUGAUCUAGACGAAUCAUUGCAGAGAAUUCUUGCAGGUGCAGAAAAAAGGAGUCGAUCAAUGGUAGAAGAGGAACGUGAAAUUGUAGCGUAUCAUGAAUCUGGUCAUGCUUUGAUCGGAUGGUUGAUGGAACACACUGAUGCCUUGCUAAGGGUUAGCAUUAUCCCACGAACAAGCGUUAAACUUGGUUUUGCUCAGUACAGUCCGCGAGAGCGAAAAAUAUUAACUAAAGAAGAGAUGUUUGAUCGUAUGUGCAUGCUGCUUGGAGGCCGGGCAGCAGAAAAUGUUAUUUUUGGACGUGUCACUACGGGCGCCGAAGAUGACUUAAAAAAGGUUACAAAGUCGGCAUAUGCACAAGUGCAACUAUACGGAAUGAGUGAAAUCGUAGGUCCUCUGAGUUUCCCGAUGAUGGAUGACAGCAAACGAAGCGAACUAGGAAUUUACAAAAAACCUUUCAGCAUGAAAUUACAACAUUUAAUUGAUCAGGAGGCUUCUAAAUUAGUUUCAAAAGCGUAUUUCACUGCGGAAGGCAUUUUGAAGAUGAAUGAAGAAAAACUGAGAAAGCUGGCAGCUUCGCUGUUGGAGAAAGAAAUGCUUAGUUAUGAAGACGUUAUACGACUAAUUGGACCCCCGAAAUUUCCGAAGCAGGUAGUAGAAUUAGCUGAUCAUGUAUUACCAAAUGUAGAAGAUUCACAAUGAACCAAUGUAAUUUUAGUUUCAAGGGAGAAAUGUAUAUUCUAUUUGAUUUUAUGAUUGUUUUCAUGAAGGUGUUUCAAAGUCAAGCUUUGUUUUUUUCAACGAUGUAUGAACCCCGAUAAUGGUGAAAGUCGGUUGUGGAUCUUCUGUACUGUUCAAGGUGUUUGUGGAAGCAGAAACUUUGAAUCUGUUUAACAGUUUUCAUUUGAUUUUAAAAGCUACAGAAUCUGAAUAGGAAUGAAUCGGGGAGAUGGAAUUCUGAGAAAUAGAUGGCAA